CGGGCAGUCAUUCUGCAGAAGUGGAAGACUUGUGGCAGUAGAGUAUGUGUGGGGAUUGUUUUUGGAGGGAUGGGGGAUCUUUAAUUUAAGCAACAGGGUCAAAUUGUUUGUUCUUCUCAAGAGGGUUCAUCAGCAGCCAUGGCAACCUUUGGCCAGAUCAUCUUCGCCAGCAUGAUUACCCUCAUCGUCAUAUUCUCCGCCCUCAUCAUCCUCAUCUUAGCCCUGUCCCUCUCAGGCACCUUGUCCGAGGUGAUAAGCACCAACACGUUGCCCGUUGCCAACCUUGGCGAGGAUCAGCUUCUCAGCUGCUUUCUGAGCACUAAAGGUCAACCAGCCGGACUCACAGACGUGGCGGUCACCUGGGAGAAGACCGGCCUGACGGGACUCGUUUACCGCUAUCAGAAUGGAGCUCUGGAUCUUGCCGACCAGAACUCUCAGUUCAAAGGGAGGACUCAGCUCUUCCUCGAUGCUUUGACCACGGGGAACGCCUCUCUGCUCCUGAGGGGCGUGGCACGUAGCGACGAGGGAGAGUACACCUGCAGCAUCAGCUCCUCCGGCGGUGGAGGGAAGGUCAACAUUUACCUCAGAACAGCAGCCUUUUCAGCCCCAACAUUUAAAUUCACAAACGGCACCCUGGCUGCUGAGGCAUCCAGGUGGUUCCCUAAACCAAAUGUGACAUGGUCGAACUAUGACAGGCUCAUCCUGCCUGGCAACACGAGCUUCACCUCAAACUCUGCGGGGAUAUUCAGUGUGGUCAGCACGCUGCAGUCAAUCAACGUCAGCGACACCUACACCUGCAGGAUGGAAAAUGACCUGGUGACCGGCAUCUCUACGGUAACUGUAGCAGGCACUGAUGUUUCAGGGAACACAUACUUCACCUACAGUGCUGCAUCAUCCCUGCCGACAUCAACUUACCUGAGCCUGACGACCAGUGUCCUCUACAUCUAUUAUGUGACCUAAUAAUGAAUACACACACACACAUACACACACACACACACACACACACACACACACACACACACACACACACACACAGACUUUCAAGGUGAAAAUAAUACCAGCGUCAUUGUCAGUAGGACGUAUCUCUCUCUCUCUCUCUCUCUCUCUCUCUCAAUUUUUAAUUUCAUGUUGCUUUAUUGGCAUGACAAAAAUACAUCUGUGUUGCCAAAGCAUAAGAACAAACAAACAUAUAGACAACAACAAGGAGUAAACACAUCUGAUAUUCAUGUAAUAAUACAAGUAAACAGGAUACUUAUGAUGUAAUUGUAGAUACUAAACAAAUGAUGUGCAUGUCCCUCAAAGGGUACUUAAUUUAAGACAAUAAAAAAUAGAAAAAUAAAAAGGAUAAUAUAUAAAAUUCUCUAUUUAUUUAGCCUUGUAUUGUGGCAGGAGAAGACAUAUUUAGCUGCUAGCCAUUAAAAAGGAAUCUUUUUGUCCUCAAUGUAGGUAGUGAAGCCUUGUGUCUGUUUUUCAAAUUUUUGGAAAUGUUUGGUUCUUAAGUCUUCGUAUUUGGGACAUGUACAUAGGAAAUGUAAUUCUGUUUCAAUAUGCUGGUGGCAAUGUGCACAGACACGUUCCUCUCUCGGUCUUCUCACUUUUCAAUGUCGACCUCUUUCAAUUUCCAGCCCAUGGUCACUGACUCUGUAUAUUUUUUAAAUUAGUAUUUCUUUUGGAUUUUUUGUUUUGAGAUAUUCAGCCAAUUGGAUAUCUCUGUUCAGGGAUUGAUAACAGGAUAUUGUGUUGUAUAUUGUUUUCAUUUCGCCAUUGUUCUUUAUAGUUGUCUUUUAAUACGCUGUGUAACAGCGUAUAUGUAGGCCCGCUAAACAUUUCUAAAUUGCUUUUAGCUUGAGACUAUAUGUAUUUGUCCACCUGUACAUCAUACAGUUAAAUGAAUCUCCAUCCAUGUGGAGAAACUGCAGAAAAAUAAGAAUACCAUAAAGAAAUGAAACAGUAUAUUACAUUUCAGCAUGUGUGACUGUGACCCAUAGAAGGGGUUUAACGUAUCAGUUAGUAGCCUUCUGUUUUUUGUAUUACUGAGUUAAUAAAUACAACAAAUUUCAAUUGUUCUUAAAUGGGAGGAUUUCUUUCAAAGUUUGGCAUGGCAAAUCAGAAUCAGAAAAAGGAUUUCUUGCCAAGU